CGCGGCACAGACAUGGGUACACAUGUGUGCAGAAAACGGAUGGUGCGAUGGAUGUGGAGAUGGAGUGUUUGUCCAGUGCCGGUGAGCAGAGGUCAUAUGCCGUUCUGCUCCACACAACAAGAGCCCCAUCAAGCGAGUCCAUCUCACACCAGUCAGGUCAAUCAGCUCAACCUAUGCUCUUUGCUCGAGAUGGGCUUCUCUGAAACUCAAGCCAAGGAGAUGCACGAAGGCGCUACGAAGAGCCGAGGGAAACAUGUUCCAUCUGUUCUGACCGCACUGUUGCUCCUGGGCUUAAAUCCCUCCAGUAUCCUGAAAAUAAUGCAGAAGUGCCCUGAAGUGUAUUCACUUAAAGGUGCAGACCUACAGCAGCGCGUCGAUCAUCUGAGGAAGAUGGGACUGGUAGAAGGUAGUCUUCAGAGGAUGAUCAGUCACUACCCCAAGGUUUUGCUUCUGCCAAUCAAGAGGGUAAACAUGGUGUCCCGACUGCUUCGAGAGAAAUGCCUCUUCACCAUCCAUCAGGUCACAGACAUCCUCAGAGACUCGCCUGAGGUUUUGGAGGAGGAUUUGGCUGAGCUAGAGUACAAAUUUCAGUAUGCAUAUUUUCGUAUGGGGGUGCGACAGCCGGAGAUGGUAAAGGCAAAGCUCUUCAGGUUGUCUCUGUCCGAGCUGCGUUGUCGUCACUGUUUUCUGGAGCGGAGGGGUCUGUACCAGACGCCUGACAAGAAGGGCCAAACGCUCAUCGUUAACCCCCCGCUCAAAGACGUCCUCUGCGUCUCUGAGGAAACGUACCUGACGCAAGUCGCCAUGGCAACAGCAGAGGAGUUCCAUGUUUUUCGUAAGCUGAUGGCAAGAGAGCAAGAGGAAGAAGGGAGGGAGGACGAGUACAGCAGUGGUGAGGAUGAAGAGUUAGGGGAGGAUAAAAAUGAUGAUGACGGAGUGCACAGGAGAAAACGUCAGUGGAACACUGGUUACAAGAAGGACAGGAAAUGAUGCGAUUUGUUUUAA